GCAUCCUGGCCGGGGCCCCCCGGCCGAAGCGAGCAGCCGCAGGGGAAGGCAGCGGGGAGCAGCAGGAGCCCCCCGAUGCCCGGCGGCGCCGGCGCGGGCAAGCCCCGGCCCCGGGCGCAGGGGGCGGCGGCGGGCGGCUCGGCGCUGCCCGGGCUGGAGCUGGCCGAGGCCCGGCGGCGGCUGCUGGAGGCGGAGGCCCGGCGGCGGCUGGUGCUGGAGCUGGAGAGCCGGGUGCAGCAGCUGCACCGCGUCCUGGUGCAGGCCGAGCUGCGCGUGGCCGGCCGCGCCGAGAGCCUGGCCCGGCUGGGCAGCGGCGCCGGCCAGGCCCAGCUCCGCCUGGCCGCCCACGGGCAGCGCCUCAAGAAGAGCCUGCGGCGCUCCCGGAAGGCGCGGCCGCCCGCCCUGCUGGCCUCGGCGCUGGGCGGCUGCGUGCCCUGGGCGGCCGGCCGGCUGCGCCGCGGCCGGGGGGGCGCCGCCCCGGAGCCGCCCGAGUCCCCCUUCAAGAGGAGCCCGCCGGGGCAGCCCCCGGCCUGAGAGCAGCGGGGGGGCAGCCCUGUGCCGGGGGGGGGCACCUUGCCCUCGCGAGG